AGGCUGGGCCAAAGUUUUACUAGCUGCUUGUCUUCAGACACUAGUUGAUGAGGCGACCCUGAACCAACAAUGGGGAGGCUGAAUUUCUACGUCCUUUGGUCCCUGCGUGACGCUCCCCGCCAGUUCAUCAGCAAAUCCAACCGGAGGUGCUUUCAAGUCCACGUCCCACUGCCUCUUCCCAAACACCUGGUCAUCUUUGGUCUCGGGGAAUGGAAAUGUAAUGAGACAAUCUCAGUAGAAGUUCUGGUCAGUGCAGAAGUACCGGCCCAGAACAUUGGGACCCUGUCACCACAAGCAAGGUGCCUGACCUGGGAGGGUGUCUGGAGCGCUGACAUUGUCACAGUGGCAGCAGAGAGAGGCAGGAGGGGAGUUUAUGGCAAGAUUGUGCUCUCAGUGUGCGGAGAGCCACAGGAUGAAGUCUUCAGCAGCACUCCUCUGGUUCAAAGGAAAUGUCUGUUCCCAGAAGAGCACAACACCACCGAUCUCUCUUGCACAUUACCCCAAAGCACUGGAAAUGAAACGAUAACUACCAACUCCUCACACCUGGGUGAUAGUGUCUGCUAUGCUGAGAUCCAAGUUAAUAGAAUUGACACCAGUGAUUCAACUAUGAGAAAUAAACCCCUAGUUUGGCCUACGGAUAAGACACCCAGACGGACAGUAAUUAGUAAGAGAGGCCACCUGACAUGGAGCUCUGAGGACAUGGACAGUCUCGCUGAGGACAUAGAACAGGCUUCAACCCCCAAGAAAAAGAGGCUGUCCAGGAUGAGCAGCCAAGAAGAAAUGACUGCACAGAUAAAGAACGAGAACAGAGAAGUUUCAGUGUGUCCAUCAAAGCGCUGGAGCCACACGAUCUGUCUGAGUGACCCUGACACAGCCAUCCUCAUCGGAGGGGAGACGGCAGAUCAAAACUACUGCAAGGACUCUCUGUGGAAGCUCGAGUUAGACAGUGACUUCUGGUUCCCCAUGAACUCCUCUGCUUCUGGACCCACACCGCCGUGUGCCCGAGGACACUCUGCGACCUAUGACCCAGACUCUAAGUCGGUCUUUGUUUACGGUGGCCUGAGGGAGGGUCAGCGCUACAGCGAGCUGUACAUCCUUAAUACUCUGACCUGGAAAUGGAAGCUUGUCACUGCAAAAGGAAAUGUUCCAAAUUUGGCAUAUCAUUCUGCAGCCUUUUAUAAGAAAGAGCUUUUUGUCUUUGGUGGAGUUCAGCCGAGCCUUUCCUCUGCGGAUAAAUCCUGCAGUAAUGCUCUGUACAUCUUUAACCCAGAGUUUGAACUCUGGUACCAGCCGAUUGUGGAGGGGGACAGACCUUUGCCACGGUUUGGUCACUCAGCCACACUGAUGUCACAGAAGCUGAUAAUAUUUGGCGGACGGAAAACUGCUACGUACCUUAACGAUCUCUACGUUCUGGAUCUGGGAUUCAUGGAGUACACAGCUGUGAAGUGUGGGAACAUGCCACCACUGCCUCGAGGGUUUCACACAGCUCUACCAGUUUCAGACAACAAGAUUUUAAUCAGUGGAGGCUGCAGUGCCAUCGGAGCCCUGCAGGACGUACAUAUUUUCAACACUGACACCACCAUGUGGAGCUCAGUGGCGUCUCCUCUGCUUUGCUCCAAGCCUCGUGCGGGACACAGCAUGAUACAUUUGGGCUGCUCCACCCUAACGGACGCUGGGAAGCACGAACAAGGUGAAAAUGUCGGCGUCCGCGUCACAUUGUUGGUGUUUGGUGGUUCAGAUUGCUCCGGUACCUUCUACAACGACACAGUCAGGUGCACAGUGGAGGUCCCUGGUGACAGCUGAUGGAUUCAUUAGGGAGGAAAUCUGAACAAGACAAUUGUUUUUACCAUUUUUAAACAGUGGAGGCGGAGACGCUGUGAUCUGCUGUGAUAAUACGAGAAAAAUGGCACCUGCAUGUGUAUGCAUCUAUAACUGUUAUUUUUCUGCCUGGUUGUUUGUCUUUACAUGUUUAAAUGUUUGAACUUCUGUAUGAUGUAUUCUACAGCUUUAUUUUAGCUUGAUUUAUGCCUCUUUAAUAACCAUCAAUACUUCCCCUACACAGACAACAUGCUGCGAGCUGUGAGCUGAGGGGUUUUGCACUUUGCAUAACAAAUCUGUGAUCUGCAUGUUUUACACAUUUCUUUGUUGUUUACCUUGUCCCCACAUAUUGGUAUGUAUUUGCGGGUAACAUGCUGGAUAAAGUCAAAAUUCUAAUAAAUAUUUUUAACU